UUGACUACCGUUCCAAGCAGAUCGGAACGGGCUACAACCGUCCGUUGGAUGUUAGGAUACAGCGAGGAAUAUGGGAAUUUUUGGUUCGCUACUGCUGAGUGAUGGUUGGAAAAAUAAACGGAAAUUAGCGACCGAACAGGAUAUUUAGCAGACCGUGCUAUUCGUGUGAUACUCGGGGCCGUAAAGUUUUGUGAUUGAGGAAAUUACAUUUGGUGAAACAAACCUUUGUCAGUGCCAUUAGCGGAGAAACAAUGAGGAAAUUAAGUAAUUGUUGACAUAAUAAAGUGCAGACCGGACAAUAGUUAUAAUGGUGCACCACGUGCAUCGUUGGAUCCUUGUUUCGUUUCAGUGUGCGGAGUUUGUUUGUCCGGCGCCGGAUAUUGGUGAUACCUGUGAAAUGGUUGCAAUGAGGAAGAGUGAACUGCAAUUAAGUAGAAAGUAAACAGUUUGUAAAUUUUUCUGAAGCCUAGUUCUUCCACGUGUGCGGUGAUAGCAAGCGAAAGGAUCAAUCAUCUGAGAACGAUGAAGCGAGUUAUUUCAGUAACGUAGGCUAGUUUGAAAGUGUCGGUAUAAACGCCUCAGAACAACCUACUGGCAUCGCCGGUCUAAUUGACGCUAGAAGUUAGUGAUUACGGACGAAGUGACCGCCCACCAACGCCGUCUGUAAACAGCAGUACACCCAACCACUGAUAGCCCCUUAAUUGGCCUGCCACAAUCGUACACACACGUUCGCGCAUAUAUCAUUUCGCUUCCAGCCUGACUAGCUUCACAAUACACACCUAUUCCUGGCCCCCGCGAUGACCAACGUAAAUAGUUCCGUCGCAACGACGACGACGGCUUCCAUCACGAUUAAUUACACCGGUUCAUUCACGAGCUUGUACCGGGAGAUUUACGUCAAUCUGCAGAUCGUUAAUGGGGAUCUGCUUAAUUUUAGCGAGCGGCUUGUGAUAGAUACCAUCGGGAACGGUUCCUCCGUGGGACCGUCAUCGGUAUCGGAUAGUAGUGGCAACGGCAGCAACAGUGUUGGAACUACUACCAAAGAAUGCACACGGAUUUGUCUGUCCUGGGAGAAGAUGCUGCUGCUGGUGAUGUUCUGCACGCUGAUCGUUAUCACCGUGAUUGGGAACACACUAGUCAUUCUGUCGGUGGCCACAACCAGGCGAUUGCGAACCGUAACCAACUGCUUCGUGAUGAGUCUCGCCGUGGCUGAUUGGCUGGUUGGAAUAUUUGUUAUGCCGCCGGCGGUGAUACUGUUUGUCGUGGACAAAUGGCAGCUCGGUUGGAUACUCUGUGAUAUCUGGAUUUCGCUGGACGUCCUUCUGUGUACUGCAUCCAUCCUGAGCCUGUGCGCCAUCAGUGUUGAUAGAUAUCUGGCGGUCACGCAGCCUCUCACGUACUCGAAGCGGAGGCGUUCCAAGCGGUUGGCAUUGCUAAUGAUCUUCGUUGUCUGGCUGGUGGCACUGGCCAUUACGUGUCCCCCCAUUCUAGGGUGGUACGACCAGGACCGGAAGCGCAACGAGUGCCAGUACAACCAAAACAAAGGCUAUGUCGUCUUCUCGGCGAUGGGUUCGUUCUUCAUCCCGAUGAGCGUGAUGCUGUACGUGUACUCCAAAAUUUGCUGGGUGCUUACCUCCCGCCAGCACCGGAUGACUACAACCGAGGCUACGGAAAAGGGCUGCGAUGUGGAUGCCGACAAUUACUCGUCCGAGAUAGACACCAGCCCGAAACUGGGAGGAUAUGUUGUUCGAACCAAUUCAUCCCCCUACACCCAAUCGCACCAAACGCUGUAUGAGUUUCUCAGUUCUGCACGGACCACUCCAAGCACAGGUCGGCCACAAUUAGCUAGCACUAGAGGUGCAACCGGGCCAGGUUCUGCUUCGGCCGCAAGCACCACCACUAGCGGAACCACCAAGUACGGCAACAACUACGAGAUGCGCCCAAUCAACUCGGUACAGUUCUGUGCCAGCCAAAUUUCACUAGCGGAAUCAAGCGUAUCGAACGUGACCGUCAGUAAUGCCACCAAGAUCAGACUAACCGGUAAACGCAUCCCCAUCCGGAUAUCGUCCCUGAAGCGCGAAACCAAAACAGCCCAAACGCUUAGCAUCGUGAUGGGGGGUUUCAUCGCCUGCUGGUUACCGUUUUUCAUUUACUAUCUGCUGAUGCCGUUCCUGCCCGAACAGUCCCAGCGAAAGGACCUGAUGGCAUUCCUGACCUGGCUGGGGUGGAUGAACAGUGCCAUCAAUCCGUUCAUUUACGCUUUCUACAAUGCGGACUUCCGAAUCGCGUUCUGGCGGCUGACGAUUAGAAAGUUUUACAAAAAUAAGCACAAUCUAGCAUUUUUCAGACCUUAG